UUAAGGUCUGAUACGCUUUGCUGAUUUUAUUUUGCCUUUUCCCCCUUUCAUUGACUUAUCAUAUAGCAAGGGAUUUCUGAGAAUCUCAAAGCAGAAGAUCAAGGGCCCAUAAGACCUACCGUUUACCUGCAGUCCUCACCUUUGCUCUACUUCAGCCUGUCCCAGACUGCGAAACCACCACUCCCAAAAGGCCCUGCGAACCUGGGCGGAGCCGUCCUGUCGAUUGGUUAUUCCUCAGCCCCAGGCAAGCGGCGAUUGGUCAAGUCUGGUGAUAGGGUGGGGCUAAGGCAGUUGCGGGAAUUGGAGCAGUGACAGGACGACAAAGGGGCUUGUAGUUCAGGUCCAAACUCCAGCUGCAGACCAGAGAGAAGCAUGGCUCGGCACGGUGUUUACGUGCUGGGUGUGGCGGCUGUGCUGCUGCUAGGUAUCUCCACAGUGUCCAGAUCGAAGGGCCUGAAGGGCCGGGAGCAUCAGAGGGCGUCGCAAAUCCCUUCUCAGUUCAGCCCAGGCGAGCGCUUCGCGAUGAAGGAAGCGCUGAAAGGUGCCAUCCGGAUUCCAACAGUGUUUUCCAGUACCCCCCUCUCUAACACUGUCUGUCUUGCUUUUUUUUUUAAAUAUAAGGUCUUUCCGACAGUUUUCAAAACCAGCUUUAUCCAGCAUGAAGUCGUAGGAGAGUAUAGCCACCUGCUCACUGUCCGAGGCUCUGACCCCAGCUUGCACCCCUACAUGUUGAUGGCGCACAGUGACGUGGUGCCCGCCCCUGACGAAGGCUGGGAGGUGCCCCCCUUCUCUGGCUUGGAGCAUGAUGGCUUCAUCCAUGGCCAAGGCACACUGGACAACAAGAACUCUGAUGGUCUGAAAUGCUUUGCAAUCCUGCAGGCCCUGGAGCUCUUGCUGAAGAGAAACUACAUCCCUCGAAGAUCUUUCUCCAUUGCUCUGGGCCAUGGUGAAGAGUCAGGGCAUAAUGGGGCUCAGAAGAUCUCAGCCCUGCUACAGACGAGGGGUGUCAAGCUAGCCUUCAUUGUGGACGAUAACUUCAUCUUGGAUGGUUUCAUUUCCUACCCUAAGAAGCCCUUUGCCAUGAUCGCAGGCUCAGAGAAGGGUUUGAUUAACCUCAGCCUGCAAGUAAACAUGACUCCAGGCCACUCUUCAGCUCCCCCAAAGGAGACAAGCAUCAGCAUCCUCGCAGCCGCUGUCAGCCGCCUGGAGCAGACACCAAUGCUGAACAUGUUUGGAAGCGGGCCAUCGAAAAUGACAUUGCAGGAACUGGCACAUGAGUUCCCCUUCCCUGCCAAUAUUAUCUUGAGCAACCUGUGGCUAUUUGGGCCCCUUGUAAGCAGGUUCAUGGAGAGGAGUUACAUAACCAACACGCUGGUCAGGACCACCAUGGCACUCAUCAUGUUCAACGCAGGAGUGAACGUCAUCCCCCCGGUGGCCCAGGCCAUAAUCAACAUGCAGAUUCACCCUGCGCAGACCGUCCAGGAGGUCCUAGACCUCAUCAAGAACAUUGUGGCUGACAGCCGGGUCCAGUUCCACGUGUUGAAUGCCUUUGACCCCCUCCCUGUUAGCCCCUCCGAUCAUCAGGCCUUGGGCUACCAGCUGCUCCACCAGAUCAUACAGUCCAUCUUCCCGGAAGUCAGCACUGUUGUCCCAGGCAUUUGUAUUGGCAACACAGACAGCAGACACUAUGCAAACCUCACCACUGGCAUCUACCGGUUCAACCCCCUCUACCUGCGUCCUCAGAGCUUCCGUAGCACCCAUGGACUCAAUGAGAAAAUCUCAGUCCAAGCCUACUAGACCCAGGUGAAAUUCAUCUUUGAGUUUAUCCAGAAUGCUGACGCGGACCAGGAGCCAGCGCCGCACCGGCACGAACUAUGA